CCCCCAACAAGCCGCUCCCCCUGCGCGGGGUCGGGGGCGUGUGACGGGAUCCGGCUCCAGCCCCGCGUCGCCUUCGCCGUAGGAACAGCGGCAAAACUGGAUUUUUAUUUUUAUUUUUUAAUUCUGCAAGAGUGGUGUUAUUAGUUAAGAUGUCCUACUUAAUCAAUGGAGUUCAACGUUGCUGUCCUGUGAAUCAGAUGCACAAAGUAACAGGAGCUGUGUUUAAAGCACGCCUAGUAAGGAACACAUGGGGCAUCAAGGAGCAACAAUUAAAAAUCUCACGUGCAUUGUCUCAGCUUAGUUCUGAAAAGACAAACUCUUAUGAUUAUGUCAUUGUUGGAGCUGGAUCAGCAGGGUGUGUAUUAGCCAACAGGCUGACUGAAGACCCUCACAAUACCGUACUGCUUUUGGAAGCAGGCCCUAAGGAUACUCUUUUAGGUAGUAAAAGACUACUGUGGAAGAUUCAUAUGCCUGCUGCAUUAACUUAUAACCUCUGUGAUGAGAAAUAUAACUGGUAUUAUCACACAACUUCACAAAAGCAUAUGGAUAACAGAAUUAUGUACUGGCCCCGAGGAAGAGUGUGGGGUGGUUCCUCUUCUCUCAAUGCUAUGGUAUAUAUUCGUGGGCAUGCAGAAGAUUAUAAUCGAUGGAGCAGAGAAGGGGCUAUAGGAUGGGACUAUGAUCAUUGCUUGCCUUAUUUUAAGAAGGCACAAACACAUGAACUGGGAUCAGAUCAGUAUAGGGGUGGAAAAGGACCUCUUUAUGUGUCAAGGGGGAAAACAAACCAUCCUCUUCAUCAAGCAUUCCUGGAUGCAGCUCAGCAAGCUGGGUAUCCCUUCACAGAUGAUAUGAAUGGUUAUCAACAAGAAGGAUUUGGCUGGAUGGACAUGACUAUACACCAAGGUAAAAGAUGGAGCACAGCUUCUGCUUACCUUCGUCCAGCCAUAUCACGCCCUAAUCUGUCAGUUACUGAGAGGACACUUGUAACAAAAAUCUUGUUUCAAGGAACAAAAUCCAUUGGUGUCGAGUAUGUGAAAAACGGACAAAGGGAAAAGGCUUUUGCCACUAAAGAAGUUAUUUUAAGUGGAGGUGCCAUAAAUUCUCCGCAGCUCCUUAUGUUGUCUGGGAUUGGCAAUGCAGACGAUUUAAAAAAACUGGGGAUCCCUGUUGUAUGCCACCUUCCUGGAGUUGGCCAGAACCUUCAAGAUCAUCUAGAAGUGUAUGUCCAGCAGAAGUGCACCAAACCUAUUACUCUAUACAGUGCACAAAAGCCAGUUAACAUGGUGAGGAUUGGUCUGGAAUGGCUUUGGAAGUCUACAGGUGAGGGAGCCACUGCCCACUUAGAGUCUGGUGGGUUUAUCCGAAGUCAGCCAGGAGUUCCUCACCCUGACAUUCAGUUCCACUUUCUCCCUUCUCAGGUGAUUGAUCAUGGUCGGGUUGCUUCCACAAUGGAAGCUUACCAGGUUCACGUAGGACCCAUGAGGAGCACAAGUGUGGGCUGGCUAAAGCUGAAGAGUGCAGACCCAACGGACCAUCCCAUCAUUGAGCCUAACUACAUGUCAGCAGAGAGAGAUAUUUGGGAAUUCCGCCAGUGUAUCAAGCUGACCAGAGAGAUCUUUGCUCAGAAAGCUUUUGAAAACUUUCGUGGACCUGAAAUUCAACCAGGAAACCAUGUUCAGUCUGACAAAGAAAUAGAUGCCUUCAUAAGACACAAGAGUGAUACUGCUUAUCAUCCUUCUUGCACUUGUAAAAUGGGUCAGCCUUCAGACAGCACUGCUGUAGUUGAUCCCCAAACAAAAGUAAUUGGUGUUGAAAAUUUGAGAGUAGUAGAUGCCUCAAUAAUGCCCAGUAUAGUCAGUGGGAAUUUGAAUGCCCCUACUAUUAUGAUAGCAGAGAAAGCUGCAGAUAUAAUUAAGGGGCUCCCAUCACUUCAGGAAAAAAAUGUUCCUGUAUAUAAGCCCAGGACCUUGGAAACACAGCGAUAAACACCUUUCACAUUUUUACCACUUUUUCAUCUCUUUAUAUCUUACAUUGGAAGGGCCAACAAAAACAAAUGCCAUAGAAAAUAACACAUCAUAGUAAGGCAGCUAUUAAUUUGGUCCAUUCUGAUAUAUGAUUAGAUAAUUUUUUUUUUUUUUUAUUUUUUUUUUUUUUAGUAUCAGUUGGCUCAAGCUGUUUAUUUUAGUUAGACAGGAAGAGAUCAAUGUGUGUUACUUAGAAAGUCCUUAUGGUAUGUCUCAUUAUUUAAAGUAAGAAUUUUAACUGUUAUGAGAUUACUACCCAGGAUUACAGCUACUCAGUAAUUCCCACAUUCUGCAAAGUAAAUGCAAGCAUUUAUGUACUUACAGGCCAAAGUAGUAAGUAAAAGAAUUCAUAGAAGAGACACUUAACAUGUCCAGAAUUUGACAGACAUGUGUUUUUUAUGGAAAGAAUGCAUAACUUACAGAUACUUACUAGAAGGUGGAUUUUGCAAUACUUAGUGCCCUUAACUUUGAAAAAAAGACCUAAAAUACAUUUAUCAAAAAUUUUUUUUUCCUAAUAAAUGCAGAACUAGAACUGAUAUUUAUAAAAGCAUGUUGGAAAGCUGGACUUUCCCCUUGCUUUUUUUUUUAAUUAUCAUUUUUUCCAAGAAACACAGUAGAAUUUGCAAUUUAAGCUCAUUUAGUUGUGCUGCUUUACCUUGUACCACAUUAAGGGAUCCACAAUCCCAAUAAUUUCCAUAAAGCCACUGAUCUUUGCUCAAAGAUGAGUGCAUGUAAAUAUACUCAGUAGUGACCAACUAUCAAUCAAAAUCCAUUAAAAAUAUUUAUAGCUGAGGUAGCUUUAAAAUGGAAGUUCCCUUGAAAUAACUAUAUUAAAUAAGAUAUCAGUGAUAUGAGGGGAGAUCAUUUUGAAUUCAAAGGCAAACAACUUACUCAGCAAACCAAUGCUGUACUUCAGUUAGGACUUAAAUCUUUGCUUACUAUCUUCAGAUAAAUCAAGCAAACACAUGAUCUUCAUGGCUGUUUCUGUGUGUUUCUAACUUACUGGUGCUGAACUGAAAAACAAACAAAGGAAUGAAAAUAAUACACCUAAAGAAACAAAAUUCAUUAACUAGAACUAAAUUCAUCCAAUUGUAUGGAUUUGUUAAGUAUUCCAAACUAGCUUCGGACUAAGAAGCUGUUGAAUUAUAAAGCAAAACCUGAUACAACACGAGCACCUUAUUACAGUAUUCUCACUUCUAGUCUAUAUUGUUCUGUCAUCCAACCUCCAAAAAAAGGACAGUGUUCAAAUAUGAGUAUAUUUUGUAUGUGCAAUUUUUAAGUGAAUAUAACUUUGCUUAGCUGUAUUUAACUCCUUGCUAACAGACAACUAUAAUGCUUUCAGUCAGUAUGUUUGUAUGUAAACAAAUCUGGGAAAUCAUGAUAAAUGCGUUAAUUGCUGAGAUCACUUUCAUUUCUUUUAAUGGAAUGAUGGCUACGUCUCUGUGAUUUAUUCUACUUUGCUCCUGUAAGCUGAGAUGGGUAACAAAAUGACUAGAGUGCGCAACCCACCCAAGUGACAGAAAGGCACAACAGAUUUACUUUUCACUUCUUAAGCGGUGCUAAGUCAGAUUUGCCUGGUUGCUCCCAUAGAUCUACACCUCUGGGAACAUUAAUCCCCUGCAGUGAACAGCAGGAAUACAGCCCUUGUUCAUACAAAUACUCUAAUCACUUCUCCUUUCUGGUUAACAGCAAUUAUCCAUGAAGAGCUUGCACACUAUAGAGCCAUAGAUUAGUUAUCAAAUUCUAUGUGUUCCUUACCAUUCUCCAAAUGGUGCAAACAGAAUUUCACUUUUGGAGCUUCCUGGUGAAAAACUGUGAGUAAAAGGAGUCCCAGUUAUAAUAAAAUUAUUACACAGUUUUAUUUUGAAGAACAUUUUGCAUUUGUUUUAAUACAAAAUGAUUUAGGUCAAGAAAGAAUUUACAAACCUUUAAGUUCUUAUCCUGGCAUUUGAAAUAAGAAUGAUUUCAGAGGAAGUCUGUAUGCUAUUCAUAGGAAAUCGUCAUUAUGUACAAAAUGUUUAUUGACAUGUUUUAAACAUCACAUUUGUAAAAAUGUGAACUGGAUUGCUAUCUAGCAUAUGAACUACAGGUAAAACCUGAUAAUGCAACUUGUUAGAACAAGUCAUUGUUAUCCAGUGCUAACAAAAUAGAUCGUAGCUUUCAGUAUUUUUUGUUUUUCCUCCAAGGUCGUAUUAGCCUCAAAGUCAUUUCAGGGUUUUACUGCAUUGUGAACAAUAUCUCAGCCCUCUUUUGAUUGCAUAAAAAUAAAUCUCUGAAACAGUACACAUGAAACACAAAGGUAGAGGCAAUGAAGUCGUAUACUUUGUAGAUCUUUUUUUUUUCUUUCUUUUUU